UUCCACCUCUGGCACGCUGACAACAAAGACCCAGCAAACAGAAAGCGGCGUAUUUCGCCAGCGGAACGUGGAAACAUUCGACCUCCUCACCUGUGCGCGUGAUUUGUGCAAACGUCAUUGUGAACCGAACACAUCGAAAAUCGGCGAAUUUUUUGGAGGAGAUUUAAGAACCCCUCGGCCACACACACCCACAAACAUGAGGCUGUUAGCGGCAGCAACAGUUGCGCUGGUAUUGCUUUUGGGCCAAGCAGCUGGCGAGGAACUCGCGGAGGAGAGAGCGGGACAGGAACAGGGCGAUGCGGAGAGCACGGAAACUGCAGAAACGACCACGGAUCAGGCAGAGAGUGAGCCGCCGAUCAAGCUGGUCCACGUGUUGAAUCCUGGCGAGCGGGAGUAUCUGUCACCCAAUCUAAUUGGGGUUCAGAACAUAGCCAUGACCUUCCUGCCCCUGUCGAUGAACUUUGUGAAUAUCAUCGACGCCUUUCGGGAGAUCACGGCCGGAGUGCGCUAUGAGAUCCUGUUAAACGCGUUGGACACGAAGGCCAAGCAGCCGGCUGAGGCGGACACCAUCUGCCGGCUGGUCAUCCUGGAGAAGCCCUGGCUGCGCACCCAAUGGGGCGACAAACACCGCGAGCUGGUCACCUCCAAUUGCACCGACUCGGCGGAGAACUCGGUGUCCGGAGAUCCGGCGGAGAAGGCGCGGCUGCUCAACGAGAAAUACGUCUUUCGCAGCAGACGCAGCCUAAAUAAGAUCGUGGGUGAGCAUAAGCCUUACGACGAGGAGGCGGCAAAGGCCCAAUUGCAAGAGUCUCUUGACAAACUUACCGCUGGAGAAGGCCCACAUUACAAAAUCGGGAAAGUUUUCUCAGCUUCGCGGCAGGUGGAUUCCGGCGUUUUGACCCGCAUCGACGCGGAUCUAAUCGAUGGGUCGGACUCACAGCACCGCUGUAUCGUUGAGAUCUGGACGAAGGCCUGGGUGAGGAAGGACGGACACGAAAUCACCUUCAAGUGCCGCAACCAGCCCGUAGUUCAGGCCCGUCACAGCAGAUCCACGGAGUGGGCUGAGAAGAAGACGCACAAGAAGCACAGUCACCGCGCCCUGGACAAGGUGGAUCACUUGUUCCACAAAUUUCAGGUGCGAUUUGGCCGCCGCUACGUGAGCACUGCCGAACGGCAGAUGCGCCUGCGAAUCUUCCGCCAGAACCUGAAGACCAUCGAGGAGCUGAACGCCAACGAGAUGGGCAGUGCGAAGUACGGGAUCACGGAGUUUGCUGACAUGACCAGUUCGGAGUACAAGGAACGCACUGGACUGUGGCAGCGUGAUGAGGCGAAACCCACCGGCGGAUCUGCGGCUGCGGUACCGGCGUACUCCGGUGAGCUGCCCAAGGAGUUCGACUGGAGGCACAAGAACGCAGUCACACCGGUGAAGAAUCAGGCAUCGUGCGGCUCGUGCUGGGCUUUCAGUGUGACGGGCAACAUCGAAGGCCUGUAUGCCGUGAAAACCGGCGAUCUCAAGGAGUUCUCAGAGCAGGAGCUGCUCGACUGUGAUACCACGGACAGUGCCUGCAACGGAGGCCUCAUGGACAAUGCCUACAAAGCCAUCAAGGAUAUUGGCGGCUUGGAGUACGAGGAUGAGUAUCCCUACAAGGCCAAGAAGAAUCAGUGCCACUUCAACAAGACCCUGUCCCACGUUCAGGUUUCCGGUUUUGUGGAUUUACCCAAGGGCAACGAGACCGCCAUGCAGGAAUGGCUGCUCACCAAUGGACCCAUCUCGAUUGGCAUUAAUGCGAACGCUAUGCAGUUCUAUCGCGGCGGCGUUUCGCAUCCCUGGAAGGCUCUGUGCUCCAAGAAGAACCUCGACCACGGUGUGCUAAUUGUGGGCUAUGGCGUCUCCGACUACCCCAACUUCCACAAGACCCUGCCCUACUGGAUCGUGAAGAACUCGUGGGGUCCGCGCUGGGGAGAGCAGGGCUACUAUCGCGUUUAUCGCGGCGACAACACCUGCGGCGUCAGUGAGAUGGCCACUUCAGCUGUGCUCGCCUAGACUUGAUUUGAGUCCAUCUUAUAUACACCCAUACGACUAUAUCUAGGUUAAUAUUUCAGCCAGUAACUUUAUGUACAAUUCCGUUUCAAUGUUCUCCGACCGACGAUAUGAGGAAGUCGUCAAGUUUUAGAUCUUCGCAUAAACAGUAUAAUCAUUUUGGACAUCUGUAAUCUCACGAAAAGCCUGCAUCCACAUAUUCUGCUUUAAAUUGAAAUAACAAUAAAUUGUACAAGAAUUAAAA